CAAUGAUCACCCUUUUUUUUCUCACCUCCGGGGCUCCACCCCCCUCCACUCCCCGGGGAGCUGGGGCCGUUCCGCUCUGGUAGUGGUACUGUUUGGAGAUUAUUGUUUUCUUGGGUCAAGAUUUCCAGGUUUUAAGAAUUCUUUACUACUCUCUAUUUCUCAAUUGCCCAUUCUUUCGUAUGUUUCUUCCAUCUUUCUUCUCUUGGAUACAUUUAUAUCGGAUCUAAUCCAGACUAGCCUUGCUAGUGCCAUCCUUGUAGGAAGCUUAACCAACACGCUACGAGAACAGACCCUGGUAUAUUCGACUUGGUCUAGCUCGACGACGACGCGUACGACACUAAGAAUAACUCCUUAACGACUCGACCCUGGUUGAAGGCUGUCGUCACAGCCUCCGCCCUGAACACGGCUACUUUGCUUCAAAGUUUCCCUAAUAGAACUACAGGGCCCCGUUCUCUGCCCUGUCAUCAUCAUCAUCUCAUGUUGCCUUGGGAUUCAAGGUGAAGCCAUCGCUGGGCAAGAUACUCUACCGCCACCAUGAUUGUCAAUAAUGGCUCCCCCCAAUACCACAUGUCCCUGGAUGGACAACACAGUUUCUUCGACCAAUAUGGCUGCCGUGCAGUGCUCGUCUGGCUGUCGAGCCGCAUGUUUCGCAGCGGCCACAAGCUGAUACUUCAGGUGAUCGCCUGUAUGGCCGCGGUCCUCCUCCUCACGCAUUCUCUACCACAACGCGCCUCUGAUGUUGCUUUGGGGCGAGGAUAUAGCGACUGGAUAGGUUGGGCUAGGGGCAAGGCGAGUGAAGCUGUCGGCGAUGCGAGCGAGGCUGCAGGCCUCCGGGUUGUGGUCUUUGGUGCGAGUGAUAUAGCCACCCUCCCUGAUACCAAAAAGGGUGACAUGGCAUGGCCCGAGGUCAUGUGCGAAGAGUUGGAAUGUACGACAUACAUCUCGUUGGUGCCGAAACCGCCGACACGGUCACUAUCUUCCAACAGCCUUUACGCCGCUGUAGUGGACGAGCUAGUACAAGCUUCGCCCAAGGACAAGGCCGCUUCACCAGGCCGCGAUUACUCAUUCUAUCCGGAUCACUUUCCUGUGCCAUGGCACGUGCCUGAUUUCGGCAUGCAGGUAUCCGAGUUCCUCUCUCGACCACAGCCCAGCAAAUCUCCAAAGGAGACGAUUUGGGUCUUCAACUUUGGUCACUGGGAUGUUUGGAAUCUGGCGGGGCUCCCUCUCAAGAGAAGCCAGGUUGUGGUCGACGCAAUGGUCAAGGAUGUCAUUGUGAACAUCGAGAAGCUUUUCAAAGCCUCAUCCAACGAGACUUCCAUCGCAUACUCCAACUUCCGAGCCCGGGACGAUUCCUCGAGACCAGACUACCUCCCGAAGCUGCGUCAACCUGCCGUGACGGUCGGCGACGGUGCCAAGGCCAUCCCCGACCAGCAGGUCGGCGAGCCGUUCCGCAUCAUUGUUCCCAUGAUUUUCGACGCAACCUUGUCACCGGGAUGGAAGACGGAGAGGCCCGACCUGCCACCUGCGCACUCCAAGGCCGAGCAGAUGCGGAACGCCGCAACGCUGACGGAGCGCUGGAACAACAAGCUUCAGAACGCCAUCGAGGAAUGGGUGAGGACCAGCGAUCGAGAGUCUGCGCGCCAGGCGGAAGAGGAGGAGGAAGAAGCAGCAGCAUCCCAACCGACGACUACAGCUCAGUCUGGCGCCGACUCGGCCACAUCGGCGGCAGCCGCGCCUUCCUCGACCGUCCCCCUUGUCCGGGACGCUAUAAUCUACGACCUACAGGAGUACGUGACCGAGAUGAUUGCGGAGCGUCAGCUUCACGACCACGGCUACGUCGACCAGAACGGCGUUGGAGGGCGCCCAGAGGACAAGAUGUUCCGCGAGGUCGCCUCUCCAUGCAUCAAUGCGGGCAGCGACAAGCCCAAGACCAUCAACACUUCAUUGGCAGUGCCCAAAGACGACGAAGACGCGAACAGGCCGACCAGCAGACGACGUUCGAUGCGGGUGGCCAGGGACGCAGCCAAGAACCCGGAUGAGGGUGUUGCACAGUCCAGUGCCGUGUGCAAGGAUCCGACCGAACAUUUGUUCUACAACUCGCUAUCCCUCUCAUCGCGUGCCAUCGACGACAUUGGCAAGGAGACGGCCGAGCUGGUCGUAGCAAACAUGACGCUGCGGGGAUUUUGGGCGAAUUCCUCAUGAAAAGCCUGAAACGACGCACUCUUUCCUUGUGUUUUUGUUAUUUUUGGCCAUCUCUUUUGUUCACUGUUCGGUUUUACGGUGCAUACAUUUAGACGGGAGGGAUCUAGGUCCCUUGCCGACAAAGCGCAGCGGCUGUGUGAAAGCUCGUCUACAUAUGGGAUUGGCGUUUUGGGGGCAAAUUUGGCAUCCGGAUCCAAGGGGAUACUCGACAACAUUUGCAUUUUUUUUCUUUGUCAUUGGUUUGGGGUUCCUACUGAUCGGAUUCUUUCACGGGCGUAUCACAGGCGGAGUUUGGGGUUAUCAAGGGAAUUAACUGCACCGGUUUGUGCAUGUGCUCUGAUCCGAGUGCGGAUGGGCUUUUUUUUGUACAUAGAGAAAGAAAUACAUUCCAGUUUCUUGGACCCCG